AUGAGCCAGAUCUUCGUCGUCGACAACCUGCCCGUGGCGGCGGCGACGCACAAGCUGGCGCAGUUCAAGGCCGCGCAGAACCUAAAGAUUGAGAUCGACCUCGUGCGCGACGACGACUCGUCGGACCUAACGACGCCCAGCGCAGGUCAGACGCCAAUGGGCACGGAGAUGGAGAAGAAGAAGCGCCGUCGACGCACGGCAGCGCAAAUCGACCGCAAAUGGACGUGCACGUACUCGGGGUGCUGCAAGGCGUACGGCUCGGAGGGCAGUCUCACGCAACACAUGCGGCUAAAGCACCGGAACCUGAGCCUCGCGCAACGCGAACGAGCCAAUUUGGUCAAUCUCUCGGCCGUCUACUACACGACGGCCGCCAACAACAUUGCGAUUCGCCCUGCGCUCAACUUUGGGAUCGAGAGUGGUCCGUUCUUGUCGCAGCUGACGCCACCCGGGAUCGAUUCGAUCGGGUUCCUCACGAGCCCGGAACAUGGCGCGCUCUCGUCAUCGUCCGACUCGCCGCAAAAGCAGCUCCGGUCGCGGUCCAACUCGAUGCCGAUCUCGUCUGAGUACGACUGCAUGACGCCGAUGCGUCAAGCAGGCUACCGGCGGCGCACGACGAGCACGACGACGCCGACCAGCAGUCGCGGUGCGCGCCACAAGACCACGACGCCCCGCAACCUCCCGCGCACCAAUGUGGUCCGGAAGAAGCGGUCGCAGUCCAUGUCGAGCACAACACCGCCGUCGUCGUCGUCGUCGGUGCCACCGAUGCUCGGUACGCGCCUGAGCGAUUCGAACCUCUCGUCGACGAUCGAGGGGCUCUCGCUGUCACCUUCGUACACGUACUUUCAGGCCGCAAGCCCACAUGUCGCACCACGCCAGCCCCUUGUCUACCCGAUGCUGGAUGCCAACUACGUCUCCAUGUACUCGCCCAUGUACCCGACCAAGAGCCAGCAGGACGCGGGGCCGUACAGCCUCCUCAACACACUCGACUGGCACAAUGCGUCAGCGUCCAAGACCAACCGUCUCGACGACCCGCAGCAGCCCAACGAUUUGUGCGUCAAGAUGGAGCGUGACGCGACCAUGGGCGACAACCAACGCACCCAUGAUGCUGACGACGACGACGCGAUGGUGCUGCAGGCACUGGCCGACUACGAGUCGUCGCCGUGCUCGCCGCCGACGUCACCGGCGCGCACGCUGACGCCGGACAGCGACGACCUCGGCACGAUGCCGAUUCCGUUCAAACCCAUUGUGGAGCCGUGGGCGCCGUCGUCGUUUCCCGAGUUUUUCCUACCCGAAGACUUUUCGCCGUUUGAGACGCUGCCGGAAAGCGUACCCGAGCCGUCGCCCGAGCUCCUUACGAUGGCCGACGCGCGCUACUAG